CUGGAUGAGCAGGGCGAAUAAAAGAGGGAGGCUGAGGCCCCCACUUGACAGAGGAGACACAGAAAGGUACAGACAAAGGUACAGGUGCUACAAUGAUGAAUUUCCUUCUAAGAGCUGUGGUUGCUGCCUGUGCCCUCAUAUCAAGCACACACUGUGCCGGCAAUGCAGUUGCUUGGUGUUACGAUCAGCCAACCUGCAAUGAUGCCACCUGGGCAACCAUUGCGACUAAAUAUUGUAAUGGGACGAGACAGUCACCCAUAAACAUCGUCUCAUCAGCUGCCAAAACUGACUCUAAAUUGUCUGAGUUCACCUUUGAAAACUUUGACAGCAAGUCUGCCCUGAAAAGCAUCGAAAACACUGGCCAAACAGUCAAGGUUAGCUUUGGGAGCGGUGUGAAGGUUUCAGGAGGAGAUCUGCCUGAGGCCUACAACAGCCUGCAGUUCCACUUGCACUGGGGAAUGGGCUCCUCCAUUCCUGGCUCUGAGCACACUGUGGACGGAAAGCGCUACCCCAUGGAGUUGCACAUUGUGAACAUCAAGUCAUCUCUGAAUGGAAACACAACCCUGGCGGUUGCAGAUUCUACAGGACUUGCGGCCCUUGGUUUCUUCAUUGAGGUAAUGUCAGGUGAUGCGACUGGCCAACCAGCUAGCUGGAAGACCUUGACGUCUUACCUGGCCAAUAUCACAGAGAAAGGUAACUCGGUGUCAAUGGCAUCUGGGAUUUCACUGGAUGAUCUCCUGGAAGGAGUGAAUCGCACAAAGUAUUAUCGCUACCUGGGCUCCUUAACCACCCCUACUUGCAAUGAGAUCGUGGUUUGGACUGUGUUCAAGGAGCCAAUCAAAGUCAGCAAAGAUUUGAUUGACCUCUUCAGCACAAUGGUGCAUAUCGGCAACAGCUCAUCGCCUUUAAUGGUGAAAGUCUACAGAAACCUCCAGCCAGCACAAGCAGUCACAACCCAGGCUUCGGACUCUUCUUCUACAGUCUUCUAUUCUCUGGGGCUGGUGGCUCUGAGCCUCAUACUGGGGAGAUGUUUGUAACCAUUCCUUUCACAUAUGAGUCCGUGUGAACUUAGCCUUGUCCAAACAAUUGCUCGCCACUUGUAAGAUGUGUUUAGCAACAAAAAUGACGCAUGUUAGGCAGAUUAAGUGUUGCUCCGCUCCUCUCAAGUUGUGAUUUUUCUUAUACUCUGUCGUAUGAUUGGUAGUCAACUCUUCCAUGUAAGCGUUUCAUCUACAACCAGUGAACCGUUGUCCUCUCAGUUGAAGUACUUUCAAAUUAGCUUCCUCCUCAGUUUUAUGGACCAUUCAUUAUUAAAACUAAAACAAAAAUAAAAAACACACACAACUAUACUCCAUCUUCAGGUGCCUCUUUCAUAAAACAACAAAUUUGUCAUGAAAUUGGACAACCUUGAACUGCUUAUUAUUAACUUAAUUAUUUGUGCCCUUAAUUUAAUAUAUAGGCUGCGAUACGCACAUAAGAUCAGUCUUGAUAUCACAAAAAAGUCAAGUUAAGUGAGUUGUUUUCCAGUGAUACACAAUAUUAAGAAUAUUAAUAAGUGCACCAACAGUUUUAAGCAUUGCACUCAUUGCAAAAACAUUUUUAAAUGCAUUGCAUCCAGAAUUCGAGCACGUUUCAUGUCGGUUGAGCAAUCGAUAGAGGUGUCCUCGUUUUCAUCACUUACAAUUUCAUCCAAGUCUGUGAAAACUCCAGUUGCUUCAGCAGUGGUUAGACAUGAAAGUAAAUUUAGUCUUGUACUGCGAUUCUCCGGUAGAUGUCGUUCUUAUAUUUCAUAUGCACAUAACUGUUAACUCUCUCAGGAUCAUUGUAAAAUAGAAUGUAGGUGGUUAUUUAAUGACAUAGACGGGUUACAGAUACAUGGCUUCAGGCUCCGUUGGUGGAAGAAGAUCACUCACUUGUUCUCAACUUUGGUCUUUGUAACUUGGUUGAUAUUUAUAUAAGCAUUAAAGCUAUGUGAGGCACAAAAUGGAAAGUCAAAAGGUGAAGUAUAAUAUAUGCAUCUCAUUACGCAUUUUUGUGUUUUAAUUCAGUUUUAAUUUGAGACUGAUGAACUGUUCGGUACCGGUGACUGUAACAGUAAUAGGGUCAUUUUAAAUGUUUUUUUUUUGUUUUUUUUUAAAUAUAUACAUUUUGUAACCAGAUAUUAUGGAAUAUGAUGUUUUGAUUGAUGCACAUACUGUGAACAAAUGAAAUGGUGCCAUAUUUCAGUGAUCAAAUUAAACGAUUAAAGGUGA